ACCCUAAAGUCGCAAAAGUUUCUGCAAAAAAGUUUAACCAUGUUUCUGUCCAGAUUUGUAGGGAGGACAGCUCUCUUGGCAGCUGCUAAAUCAGAAAGCUCAGCCGCCGCCGCCGCAUUUAACCCUCUUGAGCAGUUUUUUGAGGCUGAUAGAAACCUCGAUGAUCAAAAAACCUGUCUACGGUCGAAGUUGAAAGCUUCUGAACUGCGUCUAAAGUCCUGGGAUGAUCUCCAUAAACUAUGGUAUGUUCUGUUGAAAGAGAAAAACAUGCUGAUGACACAACGACAGAUGCUUCAAGCCCAGAACCUGCGUUUUCCCAAUCCAGAACGCAUCCCCAAGGCGAGGAAGUCAAUGUGCCGUAUCAAGCAAGUACUUACAGAAAGAGCAAUUGAAGAUCCUGAUCCGAGGAGGUCUGCUGAGAUGAAGAAGAUGAUAAAUGCUCUGUGAUAUUGUACUAAACUGCCUAUCACUUUUCUUGAAGCCUUCCUAUUGUUUUGUUGUAGAGAUUUGAUACUGCCCUA